AUGAAUCCUCUUACUGACAAAAUGAAAGGCAAGAUGACUAUUGAUGAAGAUGAAGAAACUCCACUGAUUCUUGAUGAUGUUGAAGUUCAAAAUGACAAUUUGGAUACAGUGUUAGUUGCUAGAGUUCUCACUACCAAAUCUGUCUUUUUAUCUACAUUCCAAAGGCAAAUGAAAGAUCAUUGGAAUGGUCGAUUCCACACCACUAUCACUGAAAAACCUCCUGAUUUGUUUGUGCUUUCUUUCGGUUGUGAAGGAGAUAAGCAAAGGGUUCUUCUGAAGGAACCUUACCACUUUCAAAACCACCAUAUAGUGUUAUACACACCAAGUGUUCUGCAAAAGGUCACUUCUGAAGAUCUGAUUUUUUCUAAUUUUUGGGUUCAAUGUUACAGAUUGCCUUUCCUAAGUAAGUCUAAAUCUUUAGCCAAGGCACUCGGUAACAUCAUUGGGGAAUUUAUGGAGGUUUAUGAUGAGUCUUUGGAUGAAGGAUGGGGUCCUUUCCUUCGAUUCCGAGUCAAACUCAAUGUUACCAAACCAUUGCUCAGAGGCCGAAACAUCCAACUUAGACAAACUAGGGACAAAUUCUGGGUUGAUUUUCGAUACGAACGACUACCGGAGUGGUGUAUGGAAUGUGGAAGACUUGGACAUCCAUUUCAGAAAUGCAUGGUUUGGAUGGAAAAGAUUGAUAAUGGUAUCGAACCCGAGUUACCAUAUGGUCUUGAAUUAAAGGGGGCUGCACUGCCUACUUCUGGACUGAUAGGUACAGAACGGAUUUUUCCAAGGGUAAUGCUUGGCCCUUGCUUACUCGCUUGGCUAGAAAUUCCAUAA